CUUCUUGUCACCUCCCAGGGGGCGGUACCCCUCCUUGAUACUUAGGGCUGGAGCAUAAGGAAGAAGCAGUUUCAGUCACCCAGGCAGAGCAGCAGGUGGGCCAGAGGAGGGCUGGCAGCCCGCCAACCACAAGGGGCAUUCUCUUCCCUUCCAGGCUGCGGUCACAAAGUACCAGUAAGGCUGUGGCAAUACCAGUAGCUGAGAAUGCCCCGGGCCCUUGAACAAGCGGAUGGCAGGUGGGCCUAUGUCGUCCUGAUAGCCUCUCUGGUGACCCAGGGCCUCACUGUAAGCUUCCCUUCCUGCAUCGGCGUCUUCUUCACUGAUCUGCAGCGUGACUUCCAGGCCAGCAACAGUGAGACCUCAUGGUUUCCCUCCAUCAUGGGGGCCAUGCUCCAUGGUGGGGGACCCCUGUGCAGCUUCCUGGUCAACCGUUUCGGCUGCCGAGUGACCAUGAUGCUGGGGGGGCUGCUGGCCAGCCUGGGCAUGGUGGCCAGCUCCUUCUCUGGCUCGCUCACCCAGCUCUUCCUUUCAGCAGGACUGAUCACAGGCCUGGGCAUGUGUUUCAGCUUCCAGUCAAGCAUCACAGUAGUGGGCUUGUAUUUUGUCCGUCGCCGGCCACUAGCCAAUGCAUUGGCCUCCAUAGGAAUGUCCUUGGGCGUCACCCUCUGGCCACUGCUGGCCCGAUACCUUCUGGAAACCUUUGGCUGGAGGGGCGCCUUCCUCAUCUUUGGUGGUAUGUUUCUCCACUGUUGUGUAUGUGGAGCCAUCCUGAGGCCUGUUGCCACCAAUGUGGUCCCUGAGCCCAAAGAAGAUCCCCUUCUACCUCCCAAGACACCUAAACACAGCUGCCUGGCAACAUGUGUCUCAACCAUCCAGUAUCACCUGGCCUUUGACAUCCUUCGGCACAAUAUGGACUUCUGCAUAUACGUCACGGGCAUGACAUGGAUGAGCCUGGGUUUUGCACUGCCGCAUAUCUUUCUGGUGCCGUAUGCUGUGCAUCAUGGGAUAGAUGAAUAUUGGGCAGCCAUGCUCAUGUCCAUUGUCGGCUUCUGCAACAUCUUCUUGCGGCCAGUGGCAGCGCUGCUGGCAGGCAGGAAGAGCUUGACUGCCUACCGGAAGUACCUGUUUGCCCUGGUGAUCCUUGUCAAUGGACUCACCAAUCUAAUUUGCACAGUGUCGGCAGAGUUCCGGGUGCUCCUGGGCUAUUGCCUGGUGUACAGCCUGUCCAUGUGUGGAAUCGGAAUCUUCGUCUUCCAGGUUCUAAUGGACAUUGUCCCGAUGGAUCGUUUCCCCAGUGCCCUGGGCUUCUUCAGCAUCCUGUGUGGCGUGGCUUCUCUCAUCUCUCCACCAUUGGCUGGACUGCUGCUGGACAAGACCAACAACUUCAGCUAUGUUUUCUACAUGUCGAGCGGUUUCCUUGUCUCAAGCUCCCUUUUCAUGGGUGUGAGCUUCUAUGCCGCAGAUAAGAAGAAGAAGUUGAAGCAAGAUGGGCAAGCCAAGAUGGAGGAUGCCACCUCAGAGAUUACCUCAAUGCACGCUCUUACCUCAGAAGACAAAGAGUGCAAAGAAGCAACCGUACCCUGAAAAAAUCUAUGUGACCAAUGUCUGAACUCCAGAGAUCAUAUGUGACCUGCCUCUGAGCUCUGAAGUCAGCGGGGAAAACCUUCCUUCCAGGAAGUAGGGUGUAGAAGUGGGCCUUCCUGGCUUUCUUUUGGGUCCCAAGAAAAUCGCAGCCUGAGUCUUGCAUAAAGCAGUCAUUGCUAGCUACCCUGGGCUAGCUCCUCCCAGCUGCUCCUACAACCUAACACUCUGGGGUUUCUCAUCCUUCUUGGCCUCAGACAAUUUUGAAGAAUUUUCCUUUCCUCCAAAAACUUACUCCUCCUCUCUUCCCAAAUAACCAACUCUGACCCCUCUCAGGUCAGGGAGGUAAAGGGUGCUGAUUCAAGAAGCUGGAACUAUAGCAGAGGCACAGAUGAAGGACCGGGAUGAGAAGCUGACCUUGGUACAAGAUUGGGACAUUAGUCACAAUCCGAUUACAGAUGUUUAGGGGAAUACGGGUCCCAACACCUCUGCAGAGAGCAGGGAAAGAAACAUCUCUACUGUCCCGGAAGGAGCCCUCUUGCUUGAGUCUCAGAAGUUAUAAAGUCUGAAGAGUCUUCAGCCAUUGAGCAGGGCCUGAGCCAGAAUCUUCUCUUUUACCCGACUCUGUAUCCACACAGGGGAAGGAAGACCUUUGACUAACCAGGAGACAAGAAAGCUGACUAGGUAACUUAAGGAACAUUAUAAAAACUGGGCCUAUCUAUGCAAACGGUAGUCUGUGCUCUGCUCUUGGCCUCUCAGGUUCCCCUUUCUCCAGGAUGUGUUGGAGGUAUCAACCCUGAAGCAGUAACUGGCUAAGUCAGCGGCUCCUACUAGCCUGAGCCCAGGGCCUGGAACUAUGUCCACAGACAUACUUCUGGUGCUGGUCUCUGAGGUCAUCACUUAAGACUAGCUGUCAUCAGCCCAGGCUUGUCCCAGCAGGGUACUCCAGGGAAUAGGAAAACAGUCUAUUUGAAUUAUAUACAAAAACAUUCCCUGCCACGGGUCAUGAACUCUGGACUAAUAAAAGAGGAAAACAGACCUUAGUAAAUUUCCUCCAUUCCCCCAGCCUGGCAGGAACUUCUUGGGCUUGUUUGUUGGUUCAGGCGCAACCAGGCUCCGGCAAGAAAACCUUAUCAGGAAAAGAGGAUUUUAUUUUCAUGACUGCCGCCGCCAGCCUUCCUCCUCCACAAGCCCAUCUGGCGUGAAUAAGCAUCUUUAGAAUUAUUCCUUCUGAGGGGCUGUCACGAGUGCCCCUGGUGGUCAAAAGAAGUACUGCAUCAGUGCUUUUGCUGAGUUGCUUUGGGCUUUUAUGUUCACUGUCUCUAGACUUGGGUGGAGACGGCUGAGUAGGUAACGGUGCUUGCUGCCAUGCCGACAACUUGAAUUUAAUUCCUGGGACCCACACAGGAAAGGAGAGGCCCCACUAUCACAAGUUGUUCUGUGGCAUGUGCGCACACACACACACACGCACACACACAAAUAAAUGUAAUUUAAAAAAUAAAAUUUGGCCUGUAUGAGACAUCA